AUGUUUGGCAACAGAACAAGCGCAACAAUGAGAUCAAAACGAAAUCAGCAAUUUGAAGAGACCUUAAAAAGAUCUAAAGCUGAUCCGCCACCAUUAAUACACAAAUCUUGUUGGAGAAUGUUGUCUCUAGAGCUUUUCAAAACGAAAUUGUAUUGUGUUAGAUUUGAAAUCGAUCCUAGCAUUUUUCUAGUUUUGCUUUUGCCUUUUAUUUCUGUGGUGCGAGUAAACACUCAAAAUCGGUAA